AUGUCUGACAAGCCGGCCUACCUCAGUUCCGAUGAUGCCAAAUACUCCCUGGGCAUUCAUCGGGGUCCCUUAUUCGCCAAAAAUGUCGACGAAGGCUCCAGACUCGCCCAAGUCGAGUCGGCCGGGGGUCACUCGUUAGCGGCGAGAGAACUGAACAAGAAAGAGAAGUUUGCGCGCCAUUGGAAGCGAUUCUGGUGUCUGCAUCUCUUUGUGACCAUCAUCUUCCUGGCCAUCUUCCUACCGGUCUUCUUCCUCGUGGCCAUCCCCGCAAUUUCGCAAAUGGUCGUGGACAAGUCCGACCUGGUUCUUGUCAAUGCUGCGGUCUUGAACCCGCGACCGGAUCGCAUUCAAUUAACACUCGAGUCGGCGCUGGACCUGAAGAUCGCGCUGCCCGUGCGCAUUGAGCCCAUCACGUUAGACCUGUUUGUGCGCGACGCGGGCGCCGAGAAUAAAUGGGCUACGGCCCGCUUGGAUGGGAUGGUGGUCAAGGGGAAUUCCACGCUCGGUGUGAGUGAUGUGUCGACGCCUCUGACCAAUUUGACCACCUGGACGGAAUACGUGCACAAUGUUGUGUUCGAGGAGACCACGCCGCUGUCGAUCAAGGGCACCACCAAUUCGUAUUUGGGUGUGCUCAAGUCGCCUGUGACUAUGGAUAAAGAUGUGUACUCCCCAGUUUUGAAUCAAUUCAAAGGCUUCAGCAUCUCCAACAGCGGUCUCAUCCCAGCCAGCUCAGAUGGCACCAAUCUAAUUGGCAAUGCCACCCUCCCCAACAAAUCAGUCCUGACCCUCGACAUCGGCACAAUCGUCCUCGACGUCCACAGUGGCGAUCUACUAAUCGGCAAUGCCACGCUGAAAGACGUAACCCUCUAUCCAGGCGACAAUACAUUCCCCUUAACCGGCGUCCUAGACCUGGGUGUCAUAAUCAAAAAUCUAGGCAAGGUACUUGCCUCCCAAGCCUCAGCCCUGAAAUCUGGCAAUCUGGCCUUGGACACGAUCACACGAACCGUGACGUGGAACGGUACACUGGUGCCAUACUACACAGACGUGAUGAAGCAAUUGACCCUAACAGCCAACGUGGCAAUUGCCGACCUUCUCAAGAAUACAAUUCACAACUUCCUCAACAGCGACUCCAGCAUCUCAGAUCUGAUCGGCUCGCUAGGCAGCAGCAACGGAAGCACCAGUGGCCUCCUGUCAAAUCUGACAGAUGGCGAAAGCGCCAGCGACACAGCCAGUGCUGCCCUUGCUGAAUCUUCUUCGCUUUCAUCCAAGCUGAAGAGAAAUGCUGCUGUGCGGGAUGUAUUCAAGAAUGAACAUCCAAUCAAGCGGGAUGCGAUUAUCGACUCGCUUGCUGGUCUUUAUAUGAAACACCAGGCAUGA